UUUUCAAAACUUCAAAGAUGCAUACUUUCACAGUUUUGUUUACCCUUGUCAUUUUAUUGGCUUUUUUUGGCGCUGAUGCUCGUGUUACUUUUGAUGGUCAAAAAAGGGAUCCUGAAAACAAUAGUUCGUAUGAACGUCGUGGUGGUUACUUGGAUUCUAUAACGGGUAGCAAUAUAUCAUUUAUUAAAUUGGACAAGGAUGGAAAACCGUAUAUCGUAGAAAAACCCGUACCUAACACUAAAUGACAUUGUAAUAGGAUAUCACAGUUUUAGUGUAAAUGCUAAUAUUUUUAAAGAUAUUAUCACUAAUUAAGUAAUAAAACAGACUCAUUCUUGUUUACCACUUUUUUUUACUAAACUAUCGCAAUAUUUUCUGCCUUUUUUUAAUCUCUCGUUUCAUCACAAAAACCAU